AUGGGAGGGCACUACUACCCACCCCCUCCCCCACAGAGCUUCACUGGCAGCUCUGAUAUGGGUGGUAGUGGGGGGUACCCAGCAGCGCCAGGUGGAGUGUAUGCAGUACCUGCCCCUGGAGGCGGGCCUUUCAUGAUGGCUGCAUAUCCGAUGGGAGCCUAUGGACCCAACAGCGGCAUGGUACCAUCAAUCAUGGGCAAUGUAUUGCCCCCCACUAUGACCGGUCAGCAACAACAGCCACCACAACAGGGAGGUCCCGGGUUCAAUCCCAGGGGGAUGCAACAACACAGGCCACCGCACAAUAGGCGUGGAGGGAUGCCGGGGAACUCGAAGCAGCAGAUUGUCCAUUUCGACGAGUCCUCAGCAGCAACUGAGACCGUUGAUCGAGCCAUCGUCAGUGCAUUGAAACAGCCUCAGCAUAGGCGUUUGCUCCUAGAGGUGGAGCCUGCUAUAAAAAGAAUGAUAACGGAAACCGAUUCGGAAAGGUUGAAGUUGACGAACCCUUUAGGAAAAUAUCAGAGGAUGCUGAUACAUAAGCUCGGGGACUAUUAUAGGAUGGAUCGUGAAGUUGACUACACGAAGGGAUCUGAGAUGAGUACAGUAACCCUCAUACGUACCGAGAGGACGUGUGUGCCCAACACGAUAUUGCAAGAGCUAUGUCGGACUGCAUUGGAGGCAGCGGAGAUGGCUGACGGAAGUGGCCAUUCCUGGCCGUAUGUGUCCAGACAACAACAAGAGUCUGGGCAUCGUCAGCAACAGGAACAGUACGAUGUUCAUGGAGGGCCUCCACAUGAUGACACUCGGGCUCGCUCGGAUGAGGGGGUGCUGGAGCAACAAGGAAUGGAGCACUGCGCUGAUGAGAGAGGGACUUGCAGUGAAGGGGGCGCCUCAGGUGGAGGCACCCCAUCAGAGACGGCAGAGGAUCCAACAGCAGCGACAGGCAUCAUACCAACGAAGGGUCGUAGUGUGAAGAUCCUCAGGAGAGGCCCCGGGUCGAAGGGCAAGAAUAUGAGGGGGGCUACUAGGGGGGCUGAGGACGAGGAGUCUUCGAGUGAUGAAGGCGGCAAGCAUUCGGAAGCUAACCUCUUACAUAAUUUCCCGGUCGACCAACGGGAGGAGCAUUAUAAUAAGAUACGUGCUAAGAUCUUCCAGGAGGAUGAUGGUACACCAUUAGUGUGCUCUAACGAGGAGCUGGCAGCUAUGGAGGGUGCACGCAAGCACAUACCUAAGGGCACUGACUUGGAUGAUCCAGAUUAUAAUCGUCAAGCCGUAUCCAUCAUACCGCAGCUGGGUAGAGUUCAGAAAGCCCCUCCUACGUUGAUGAGCGACCCAGCUGCCUAUAAUGCGGAGUUUCCGGCCCUCGGAGGAGGAGUAGGAGGAGGGUACGAUGAUGAAGACAGGAAUAAGGAGGGUCGUCGUAGGGGUGGUAACAAUAAGAGGCAACAACAGCAAUUCCAACAGCAACAACAGCCAUACACCGGGAACACGAUGUACCCACGCGGCAUCCCGGUAUCUCCUAUGAUGCAGUUUUCCCAUGGCCCAGGGGUGUCUGCUGGUGCUGCCACUACCACAGCCGAUGCAGCAACGAUUGCCGCCUUCCAGCAGGGGUAUAUAGCUGCGACCAUGGCUGCUGCUGCUGCCGCCGCCCAGCAACAAGGCGUUGCUUGGAAUCCUCCCCCACCGCCUCCGAUGAACUUUCCCUCUCCAUCAUCACAACAACAACAAGAUAGUCUACUCCCGAAUCCAGGUGGGACGGCACCGACGAAGUUCCCGGGCCACUAUCAGCAGCCGUCGGGAAUGCCAUUGGGCACUACUGGAGGACACAGUGAAGGAACCCAACAGCAACAAUGGGGAGGUGCUGUUCCUUCACCACGAAAGGUCACCAUCAUCACCAGCAAGGUGGUAGACAAUCUUACGACGAUACAACAGGCUCACUGGUCCCCCUAG